CAGGAUUUCUAUGUAUUUUCCUGUGUCGUGUAUCAGUUUCCAUUGUGUCAGUUCAAUUAUUAUCGACGAUCGUAAAAGUGGUUUGUUCGUGUUACUUUCAUGAUAAGUAGACCUGGCUAUUGUGCGUUUAGAAUUUCAUAAUAAACAUACUUGAAGCUGGAAAAAUGUCGGAAUACGUGAAAUUCACUAAACUGAGGACCACUACAGACUGCACAUUCUGGGCAAAAUUUGCUGAAUUGAAAAUUGACAAGUUCAAACUGGAUGAAAAGAUAGUGAUCAAUUUAUGGGGAAGUUACAGUCUGCAGGCUUUGAAUGAGAACAAUACCAAUCCAUUGGUAUUGGAUUUCACAUCCUUUAACGAAGACUUGGAGACAGUCAGUAAUAAUUCAUCCGUUAUCUGCUUCGGGCAUAUGAUUAAUACCAACACUUUUGAAGCAUUCCUACAAACCAAUCCUGAGAAGUUCAUUGAUUCCAUGGGAAGGAACAUGAUUGACAGUAUUAAAGAUGGUUCUGUUUUGCAAGAGUCAUGGAAACUGUCCCUGUUUUUAGUUCUAGCUUAUUCAGACUUGAAAAAAUAUAAAUUCUAUUAUUGGGUUGCACAUCCUACACCUUUGAUAUUACCUGAAAUGUACUACCAAGAAGCUCCAAAAUUGAUCAAUGAAGAAUUUACGACUAAUCAUGCAGAAGAUUUGUGUAGAGGAUUUUUACAAUUAGAUAGCAGGGCAAAAAAUUACUUUACAGUUUUAAUAUCCAAGGAUGACAAAAUGAGCAUUGCUGAUUUAGCAACAGGAGUAGAGGUGAUUAAUUUGCAUACAGAAAAGCAGUCACAGGAAUACAAAGAAAUUUAUUUUGCAUUUUAUGACGCUUGUACGAGUUCCGAGCCAGGCUGGCCCUUGCGCAAUCUGUUGUGCUUACUAUGUUGGCACUGUCCUACCCAUUACUUCUCCAGAAUCAUUCAACUUAUAUCUAUACGGGGAAAUAAGGCACAGAAGAGUCUCGUCUUCAAGCUUAAAACCAAGCAAUACGAGAAUUACAAAGCGGUGAGAGAUACUCUGUUUCAGAGUCCUUUGGUCGGUUGGGAAAGUAACGCGAACAAUAAAAUGGGUCCCACUAUAGCUGAUUUAUCAGACACCAUGGAUCCAUCUAAGUUAUCAGACAGAGCCAUAAACCUGAACCUGAAGCUAAUGAAAUGGCGUCUCGUUCCAGAUUUGGAUCUAGAAAAGAUCAGCAGUCUAAAGUGCCUUUUACUGGGCGCUGGGACCCUAGGAUGCUCCGUUGCAAGAGUGCUUCUGGGCUGGGGAGUGAAUAACAUAAUUUUCGUCGAUAGUUCGAACGUUUCGCACAGCAACACAGUCAGACAGAGUCUGUAUAACCAUGAAGACGCUGUGAAGCAUAAGUACAAGGCUUAUGCAGCUAGAGACGCCCUUCUAAAAAUCAGGCCAAGCAUAAACGUAGAAGGUGAGGUUCUGCACGUGCCAAUGCCUGGACACGUUGUUGGUAAGAGCAUGCUGGAGUCCACCAAACAAUCAUUGGAGAAACUGGAAGAACUAGUGGAAAAGAGCGAUGUGGUCUUCCUUCUGUUGGAUUCUCGUGAAGCCAGGUGGUUGCCCACGGUUCUUUGCUCUGCAAAGGACAAAAUUGCGAUCAAUGCUGCUCUGGGAUUCGAUUCUUACACUGUACAGAGACAUGGUACCAGAAAUUUCGCCACACCGACCACACCAGACCUGGAAGCUAGGUACCCUCGUGGUAUGGACCUUGGUUGCUAUUUCUGCAAUGACGUGACGCAACCUGGAAACUCGCAAACAGACAGAACCCUGGACCAGCAGUGCACAGUCAGCAGGCCAGGAUUGUCGCAAAUUGCUGCUGGUUUAGCGGUUGAACUGUUGGUAGCUCUAUUGCAGCAUCCCCAAGGGAUCGAGGCAGAAGCCUUGGUGGGGAAUAGCAGAGACAAUAUUAGUCCAAGUGAUACAGAAUUGGUAGGCCUAUUGGGAUGCAUACCACAUACGAUACGAGGAUCCCUGUGGAAUUACGACACCCAGCUGACAAUCACGCACAGAUUCACAUCCUGCACGGCCUGCUCUGUGCCUGUUAUCACCGAGUAUAAAAAUAGAGGCUUAUCUUUCGUUCUGGACGCAUGUAAUAUACCAAAUUAUUUGGAGAAAUUGUCGGGACUGGAGCAAAUACUUAAGAGACCUGAUUUGGACGAGCUUUGUUACGCUUUGGACAAUAUCAGCGACGACGACGAAGAUGAUCAGAACAGUAUACCCUGAACGCACACACAUUUUAGAUACGUUGCAUUACACUCAUCGAUACGAGUGAAAUUUUAACAUAUGAGAACUGUGGAACAAAACC